AAAAGGCGAGUUCUUCAGUGAUCUCUGUUACUUCAUCAAAAAAUUAGCUCCGAAAGUGUUGGAAGAUCACACAUCUUCGUCUUCUUUAAUGGAUGUACUCAAGCUUUCUUCAGCUUUUCCUCUCGCAGCCAAAAUCGCAGCUGUCCCCAAACAGGCCCUUACUUUCUCCCCAUUUCCCAAGACCAGAGCUCCCAUCUUCCCGUUGUUCCUAACCCUCAACGCUGAAAUGAAAUCAGGAAUUCACACAACAGCGACCCGUCAAAACGACGCCGCAUUCAGCGAGGCGGCGUACGAGGCCGAGCGGCUGAGCCUGGACGCCGCCGCACGAGAGACAAUGGCCGAGAAAUCCGCAAUCGAAGCGGAGGAUUCGGACGACCCGAAGGCGUGGAAAUGGGUCAUCAGAAAACGGGUCUGGGACUUGAUGGAGGCCCGGAACAUAGCCCAGUUCCCCAGACCCGUUCACCAUCGGAUCCCUAAUUUCAUCGCCGCUGAUUUGGCUGCGAAUAAAUUAAGUAAUUUGGAGGUGUUUAAGGAGGCUAAUUGCGUCAAAGUGAAUCCAGACACACCCCAAAAGCAAGUCAGAUUCCUCACACUUAAUGGUGGAAAAAAGCUUCUAACUCCACAGCCUCGUUUGAGAACGGGAUUCUUUUCUGUGCUCGAGUACUCGACGUUAAAUCCUAGUACGAUUAAGGAGGCAUGUACUUCCGUUGGAGUUGCGAAAUACGGCAAGCCAAUAGGCCUCGAUGAGAAGAUCAAAGUUGACCUCAUUGUCAUCGGUUCCGUUGCCGUUGACCCUAAGACGGGUGCAAGACUUGGCAAGGGUGAGGGAUUUGCAGAACUCGAAUACGGCAUGCUACGUUACAUGGGUGCUAUAGAUGACUCAACACCAAUUGUCACAUCCGUUCACGACGAACAAUUGGUAGAUGAUAUUCCGAUCGAGAAAUUGUUGAUUCAUGACGUUCCUGUGGACAUAAUAUGCACUCCGACUCGAGUUAUCUUUACCAACACCACAAUACCGAAACCUCAAGGAAUAUACUGGGAUAAACUAUCACCAGAAAAGCUCGGUCAAAUUAAAAUAUUAAGACAGCUGAAAAGUAAAAUCGAACGAGAAACCGGGCAGAAGCUUCCCUCCGGACCCUCCGAGAAGUUACCACCUACAGCUCGAAGGGGAAAACGCUGAUACAUUUUCGUGAUUUUUCGUACAAAAUACAAGAAAUUUUACAAAUUUCCAAAUUUCAAGUAUAUUCUAGGAGCAUCUGUAGAAUUUAAUAUUAUACAUAUUGUUAUUAGAUUUCUUAU